AUCACUGAGCGCUCGCAGUCUCUCUCAGUCUCUGACUCCAGCUGGUUUUUUUAGACAGCUAUUUCUGGUGCACUCGUGGCGACAUGAGCGGAAGAGUCGGAGAUCUGAGCGUGAAACAAGCCGACGCUUUGGCACAGUUUCGAGAAAAUGUUAAGGAUAUUCUACCCCAGUGUCCAUCCCAGAGUGACCACUUUCUGCUCCGAUGGCUGAGAGCUAGAAAUUUCAAUCUACAGAAAGCCGAGGCCAUGCUGCGCAAGCACGUGGAAUUUCGGAAACACUUGAAAGUUGACACCAUCACUACAGAGUGGCAGGUGCCAGAGGUGAUAGCCAGGUAUCUGUCUGGUGGCAUGUGUGGCCAUGACCGUGAAGGGAGCCCCAUCUGGUAUGACGUCAUCGGACCUAUGGACCCUAAGGGUCUGAUGCAUUCAGUAUCCAAGCAGGACUUAGUCAAGUCUAAAGUCAGAGACUGUGAGAUCCUGCAGAAAGAGUGUGACUUACAGAGCGAACGGAUGGGUAGGAACAUUGAGGCAAUUACUAUGAUCUACGACUGUGAAGGUCUGGGAAUGAAGCACUUAUAUAAGCCUGCUAUAGAGACUUAUGGAGAGGUUCUCACUAUGUUUGAAGAUAACUAUCCAGAGGGACUCAAGAGGUUAUUUGUCAUUAAAGCACCCAAACUGUUUCCUGUGGCUUACAAUCUGGUGAAACAUUUUUUGAGUGUGGACACUCGCCGUAAGGUCAUCGUACUGGGAUCAAACUGGAAGGAGGUUUUACAGAAAUACAUCGACCCUGAAGAGCUCCCAGCGCACUAUGGAGGCAAACUGACUGACCCUGACGGUGACCCCAGAUGUAGAACCAGGAUUACGCUCGGAUCAGAGAUUCCCAAGACUUACUAUGUUCGAGACUCCAUUAAAGUGGACUAUGAUCAGUGUGUGACUAUUGGCCGUGGCUCAUCUCAUCAGGUGGAAUAUGAGCUACUUGCACCAAACUGUGCACUAAGAUGGCAGUUCACCUGUGAUGGUGCGGACAUAGGUUUCGGUGUCUAUAUGAAGAAGAAGAUUGGAGAGUGGAUUAAGACUAGCGAAAUGAAGGAAGUUGUGCCAAAUCAGCGUUACAAUGCACACCUGGUACCCGAGGACGGAUCCCUCACCUGUCCAGAACCAGGAGUGUAUGUACUGCGAUUUGACAACACAUACAGCAUCUUCCAGUCCAAAACGGUCAGCUUCACAGUGGAGGUCCUCCUGCCCAGUCAAGUCAACCAAUCAGAACGUUAGAUAUUAUAGCAACAAACAAGCGGACAACUAGGUUAUGAAACAGUUUAGGAAUGACAAUAUCUUACAAAGUUUAUCUGCUGUGGUAAAUGAAGGAAAAUAUUAUAAUAAUAGUGCUCUCAAAAAUGAAAGUAUGUAAUUGAACUGACCAAUCAAUUCAUUAAAAUGGUAGGAUAAAAUUACACUUCAGUGAUUGACGUGCAAUCAGGGGCGUAGCAGCCAUUUUAAAAGUGGGGGGGACAGCUGUAUUUGACCCAAAGCUGAUGUUCAUAAUAAAUUCUAAAUAGAAUACCAAUUGGCAUUUUACUUUU